AUGCGUUUCAUUAUCUUGAAUUUGUUGAGCCUUGGGAUUACCCCAACCGUCGUCGGACAUUCUGGACCGCAUCGCCAAGAAGCUCAGAACUUAAACAAGUUCUUGAAAUCGAAUGCAAUAAACCCUGCAGCAAUAAACGGAGAAACCAGACACACUGGAGGAGUACAUCUCGCUUGCGCAAUUCUGGAAGCAUCCAAUCAGACUGCAGUCGUGUUUCCUAGUGAUGGGGAACUGUAUACGCAGAUCGAUAAGGCACACGCUUCAGCAACGGCACCAAAGAACCCAGCGUGCAUCUAUACACCGAAUGAUGUUAAAGGUGUUUCUCUAGGCGUCAAGGUCGCCACUUUCGUACAGGCGAAAUUUGCCAUCCGAAGCGGAGGGCAUUCGCCAAUGGAGUACUUCGCCAACAUUGACGGGGGCGUCCUCAUUUCAUUGGCUGGCAUCAAGACGUUGGAGUAUAAUGCAGACGCUCAAACCCAGCGCUCCGGAUUUGGUAACCUCUGGCAAGAUGUCUAUCGACACGUGAACGCACAGGGACGGACCGUCGUUGGCGGCCGCACCGGCAGCGUUGGGUUGGCUCUCACCCUUGGAGGUGGGCUUUCGCACUUAUCUAAUGCUUAUGGUUGGGCUGCACAAAAUGUGCUCUCGUAUGAAAUGGUUCUGGCUGAUGGCUCCAUCGUCAUCGCCAGUGAGGAGGAAAAUUCUGAUCUGUACUUUGCCGUCAAAGCUGGCGCGAACAAUUUUGGCAUUGUUACGCAUAUCGUACAGAGGACGUACCCACUCGGUAAGAUAUGGGGAGGUUCCAUGAUCUUCCCAGGAAAUGCCUCAGCGCAGUUCAUGGCUGCCUUGGCGGACUACCAAGCGAAGGGUCAGCUGGACAAGAAGUCUGCCAUCUUGCCUUAUGUCGGGCUUAUCGCGGACGCAGUUGUCGCGCAGUUUUCCUAUCUGGAACCUGUGGAGAGGCCCGAAGCGUUCGAAGCUUUUUACGAUAUUCCAGUUAUCCAAGACUUAACGCAGGUUUGGGACACGUUUGCGGCCAUGGUGACAGCACCGAUUCCCUACAACAUGACCAGGUUUACCUAUGCCACCACAGACUUGUUGUACGACAAGGAGGCCUAUUUGGAGAUUGAACAAAUAUGCCACAAAUACAUCCCGCGAAUGCGAAAGCUCGAAGGUGGAGAUAUCAUGCUUAUGCCACAGCCAAUCUCAGUAUCUAUGGUGGAGGAGGCCCGUGCACGCGGAUCGGAUCCGAUGGGCGUUGCGGACCAGCCGCAGCUGUGGUUCGUGGUUAGCUCAGGAUGGAACUUGGCCCAAGAUGACGCUGAAGCGGAGAGUAUCAUGCUGGACGCCCUAGCUGAGGUUGAAGAGUACACCAAGUCUCAGGCCUUGCACCUACCUUUUUACUUCCUUAACGAUGCCUUCAGCACGCAGAUGCCGCUGCAAAGUUAUGGGGCUGUGACUUACAGUAAGCUGCAGGCGGCCAGUAGGAAGUACGACCCGACCCGCGUGUUUCAGGAAUUGGUUCCCGGCGGCUUCAAACUAGUCUAG